AUGGCUGUGAAUGGCGAUCAAGCCUCGCAACCAACAUCGGAAUUUUGGUGGAUCAUGGCAAUUAGAAAAUUGAAAGAACAAUUCAUAGAGUUUCGACAAUUUACGUUCGGAAAGAUUAUUCCUUCAGAAUGGUGUAUUGUGGUCAUCAUUUUGAUGCUUCUUUGGAUUUUAAAAGUCUUGAUCGUUCAUCUUGUUUCAAAAUAUAUAAUCCCCUAUGUAAGCGACACCAAUGUGGAUGCCUAUGAUGCCACACUCGAAAAGGAAGCAACACAAUUAGAAAAAAAGCACAUUCCUAAAGCUGGUAAAAGGUGUGUGAUUGUUGGCGGCUCUGUCUCUGGACUUUUAUCAGCCGUAGUUGCCUCUGUUCAUUUUGAUCAUGUCUUUAUUAUUGAGAAAAAAGAAAUGGUUGCAGGUCACACUAUGGUUGCACAUGGUCAUCAGACACACAUUUUAUUAAUGCGAUGUAUCCAAUUAAUGGAUCGUUUAUUGUCAACGAGUGAAAAAAGUUUUACGGAAAAUGUCGUAGAGUUGGGAGCAUUUGAGCUUAGUAUUGAUAUGGCCGACUACAGAACAAAUGGAAUUCCAAGAGUACCUUUAAAUUUUCUUAAUUUUCCAAACAUGAUCAUGAUGUCACGAACUUUUUUGGAAAGUUAUUUGAGGUCAUAUGUGAAAAAGUUGAGCAAUGUUACAGUAAUGGAAAACACACAAGUCGAAGAUAUUGUUUGGGAGAGAUAUCAUGAAGAACGCAGCUCAGAUAUCCACACAAAGGAAAUGUCUAAGAAUCGUGAACAUCCAGACUCUAACUCAUCAUCAAACCACGUAUCCAAUACGGAUAGUAUUAAUACUACUUCUUCAAAACAUCACAAAAUACAUCAAUUAAGACCUAAAUACUAUAAGGGAAAUAUUGUACAUAGAGCUGUUGGUGUUAAAAUUACUGAGCCAUCAGGCAAGGAGAGUAUUGUUGAUGCUAAUUUAGUAAUUGACUGUUCAGGGGUCUAUACAAAAUCUCCUGAUUGGAUUUCUGCAGAGCUCUCUGAAAUAGAAAGAAAAGUGAAGCCAUUUCAAAAAACAAAAGCCAAGUCACAAAUUACGAACGUGAUGGCAAUUUUUAGGAUUAAACCUGAUAUGCUUUCAGAGGGAUUCUAUAAGAGAGAUAUUGAUGGUAAACCUCAAUGGCUCUGUGUAUUUACAAAUGAAUUUCCAAAAGCAGGGAGAGUCAUGAUCUAUCGCAUUGAAAAUGGGCUUGCCAUGUUUAUCAUCAGCAAACUAGGAACUUUUGAACAUGCACAAAAAUUACGAUCAAAAGAAUCUGUUCUACAAUUUAUUAAGAAUGAAAUACCCAGUGCAUAUAAUCAUUGCCAAAACUGCUUUGACGCGUUUGUUGAUGGUGGUGACAGACCUGUCAUGGAUUGGAGUGUUUAUCGGCGCGACUACAUUUCAUUUAAUCAUUGGGAAAAGCUUCCUGCUUUAUGCUCUCGUCGAGGAAAGAAAGCUAUCAUUGAAGGUUUUAUUUCAUUGGGUGACAGUGUGGCCUCUCUCAAUCCCUAUUAUGGAAGAGGUAUUGCACUUGUUGCUGAGUCUUGUUUGGCACUGCAUGAAUCACUCAAAGAAGCUCGAAUGGCAAAGAAAAAGAGUCGACAAAAACACGAGUAUCCAGAAGCGUACACUUUCAAUUUUAAUUUCAGUAGAAAGCUUCAGCUGUCCUUCUUCUAUCUUUACGCAUACAUUUGGUUUGUGGAUUACAUGUCAGAUUUAGUUUUUUAUCCUCAAAAAGUCACCAAUUGGUUCAUGAGAACUAUUGUCAAACCCAUUUUGAGUUACUUAUUCUACAAAGCCAUUGAAGCAUGUGAAACGGAUCAGUUUGUCUUUUUAACGAUCAUACGAUUUCAGAACAUGUUGCUGAGCUGGAAAACCUUACUCUUUGAUUGGAGAUUUUUAUGGCAUAUCUUUUUCCCUUCUUCUCAGCCACCACCAUUGCAUCACGUGCAGUUAUUGAGAGACUAA